AGUACCAAGAUGCACGACUUGGCUCGAGUGCUAGCUUUAUUGUUUGUCACCCUUUUUAACCUAGUAGUUCUAUUCGUAUGGGAUCCGCUGUUUAAGAUACACGCUCCCUUCGGCAUGCCACCCCCUCAGCCAGUGGACCCUCCUCUUUGCACACCCCAGUAUCAGGACGCCACGUGCACAGUCCAUGAAGGUGGCCUACGAGGAGCUCGUCUUCGGUAGAGGGGUGGAAAAAGUAUAACGGCAUAUUUCGGAAUGGUUAGUUCAAGGGAUUCGCUGGAAUCUACCCCGCUCUCCCACAACCCUCGCUACACAACAUGUGUGCUCCCUAUGGUUGGUCUGUCUGCGUGUGGUGCACUGUUCGAGAUACACGCUCCCUUCGGCAUACCAUUCCCUCAGUCAGUGGCCCAACCUCUUAUCAACCUUGCACUGAUGAUCUUUGUUGUCCUCCUUUACGUUGCAUCAACCUGCGGUGUGAAGUUCCGAAUGAUUCUUCUGUCUCAUUACUACAACUUGAGAAGAUGUUUGAGGCGAACAAGUCACCGAAUAUUAUGAACCUCAGCAAACGUCUCAACACAAGUAGAAACACCAGUGGAUAUGAAUUUAAACCGAUACCUGAAGGCAUAUACUUUUAGGAACACUAAAGUUACGUAGCUUAUGUUGACAGGGUCAAUUUUGUUAUUAAUACAGGGUGGCGCAUAUGUCAGUUUCCCCAGAAGAGAAAUUUAAAGACGUUAUAGAUUAAUUGAAUAAAACACUUUUAGACAAGAAAACAAAUAUGAAAUUACUUACAUAUU